AUGGGAGAAUUUAACCAACAGGACAUCACAGGAGAAAAUGCGGAUCAUAACAUUCGGUUUAUUGUCAGUAUGGUCAUGCUUCGACGAACUCAUAAAGACACUUUUCUGGGAAAGAAAAUCACGAAUCUACCCUCCAGCAAGUGCCACGAUCUGUGGAUCACCCCUCCCAGCUGGGAGUUAACGAUGUCUAGGACAACAGGCAGCCAAGACCACGUGCAAAUUCUCGAGGAGGCUAAGGAAGAUGUUGCUGACAAUGAUACUACUUCAGGCGAGCCUGGACUUACCGACAAAAAAGACGCCAAAUCAUUGACUGCACAGGUCACCAGAAUGAGGCAAGCCGCAUCCCAUCCAUUUAACCUUGAGAAAUUUCUUCGUCAGGACAAACAUCAGGAACAACAAGUAGAAGACGCGGCUCAAUGGGAGCCAUUCUUGCCAGGGCAGCAACAACUCGAAGCCGAAUACCCGGACGUUUCGGGCGGCAUUGCGGACAUGACCAAGCUACUUUCACUGGCGGCUAAUGAGCACAGCAGUCAUGGGCUCAUAUGUCCCGUUUGCGACGAAAAAAUUGCAGUAGACAGAGCCAUCAGAUCAACCAAUUGCGAGCAUAUUUGUUGCUCGGGCUGUGUUUCAGCUGAAUUCAGAAAGGCAAAAAAAAAGCGACCCGAAGAGACAACCAAACGAUGUCCAGUGGACGAUUGCUCCAUCGAACUGGUCAUAGCCAAUCCUCCUAAAACUCCGCAAUGCAUCUUGGAUGCUGUGUAUGCGCUGAAAGACUUCAAAGAACCUGGGACAGACAGCAUCGGAUCCAAAUGGCUUGGAGAUGGUAAGGGGGAGGGAAAGUGCAAGGGUAAGGGCAAGGGAAAUGCCAAGGGGACUGAUUGUUUCUUUGCUGCCACUUGUGGCCGGGAGGACAUCGAUUUCGGUCCAGUUAAGAUGCCUUGGGGAGCUAAACUGACUGCUAUUGUUCAGGUGAUUCUAACAUGGCUACAGAAAUCGCCUGACGACAAGAUUAUUGUUUUUAUCGAGUUUACCAUUACGGCAAAGGUGUUGGGAUGCAUCUUGGAAAAGCUAGGACUGAAGUUUCUUUACUACAAUCAGAUCGCGAAUACCCAGGCCAGAAGGGACAAGGCAUACAGAGAAUUCCAGAACGACCCCAAGACCAGAAUCCUGGUGGCGUCAAUGAAAUGCGGAGGGACAGGACUGAACCUUCAGAUCGCCAACCUUGUGAUCAUUGGCGAUAUUUGGUUCAAUACUACUGUUGAACAGCAAGCUUUUGGACGCGUCCACAGGAUUGGCCAGACUAAAGAGACAAAACUCGUUCGGAUUCUGGCACGGAGCACAAUUGAUGAAAGACUUGUCAUGCUGCAGGACGCCAAAGCCGAAAUCGUCAGGCGUGUACUUCAAGACGACGAUCACGAGCCUACAUUCUCAAAUGACUUGCAACUGAAAAUGCUCCUCAAUGCCAAAGACAAGGAAGCUAUGAUAAACGACAUGGAGAAAGAAACUCGCAAGGGCAGGCCAAAGAAGACUGCUGUCAAGGCUAGUGCAGAGAAAACUGUCAAAACUGAAACGGAGACGAAAAAGACAAAAAUCAAGAUCAAGGUCACCAAGAGGGAAUAG